GGGGGCCUUUGUCUUUGUUAAUUAGCCCGCAGGUGAACCAGUUGACCCAGGUGACCCAGAUUCGGCUCAGCUGUUCAGUGACUUGCAGCAGAAACAGGAAGCCGAUGGAUCCAUCAAAACCAGAACCAGAACCAGCCUCUUUCUAUCUGAGAAGUACCUCCACGCUCUCCCUCCAUGAGCGCUUCUCUCAGGUGCUGGUGGAGCAGCUGAACCGCUCCCAGAAGGUGACCUUUGACCCAGAGAAGGUGACCUUUGACCCCGAGAAGGUGACCUUUGACCCCGAGAAGGUGACCUCUGACCCCGUCCUGCUGCAGCAGAGAGGGGGGGGUAACCCAAAACGGGCUGUCAUGUGGCGGAAGAAACUGCCGCGUAACCUGCCGGGCCCGGUUCUGGCCCAGACCCAGGGCCCGGUUCUGGGGCUGAGGCGGCGCCGGAGGAGGAGGAGGCGGAGAGCCGUCUGGACCCGUCUGGGCGGGCCUCUGCUGACUCGGCGCCUCCCGACCGGCAGACUCCGCGGCUUCUGGAGCUUCACCAACAAGUACCGGUGGAGACCCGGCUUCACCUGCACCGACAGGGGACGACGUAACCUUCACAGUCGACUCGGUCCCCUCCUGAGGAAGAGAAACCUCCAGAAACUGACUACAGGACGUACAAACCUCCAAAGGGGCGGGGCCACAGCCUCCAGGGGGCGUGGCUGGAGCAAAGGCCCCGUACCAACCAGGAAGCAGCUGGACGCACAGCUGGACGAGUACAUGUCUCUGUCCCGGAGCCGAUUGGACAAGCAGCUGGACGAUUACAUGUCGAUGUCCAAGAGCCAUCUGGACGCUCAGCUGGACGAGUACAUGUCGAUGGCCGGGCAGGCGCCCUGGGACUACUAACACCGUUAACGUUUGGUUUCAUAAGUUGAUUUAGGAGCCUUUUCAGAGGCUGUUACAGUUCAGUUUAGCCCAGGAAAAAGUGAGCGUCAUAUACAGCCACGACAGUUAAGUUUAAACACCAAAAGGGCUAAUUAAAGGGCUAGUUAAAGAGUUACUUUGGUUCCUUAUAACGUGGACUCUAUGUUCCCAUGUUUUCAUGUGUCUGAGUGACUGAUGUAAAUAAUCAGG